UGUUCCCGGUCGGUCGCCGCCCGCCGAUUCACACCAUCACACGCAGCGCGCACUCCGGCUCAGUUUCGGUCGCAUUCGCGUCGUCGCACGUGCGGUGCUUGCAUUGUCGCUGCGCAUCCUUUCAUCCAGUCGCUAAUCAUCAAAAUCAGCACCACGUCGAUUAGCAGUUGAUUUUUUUCACGGAGACCAAGCCACGACCGGGAUACUACCGAGGCGCGCAAGUGUGUGGUGAGCUGUGCGUUCGUUUACGAUCGGUGACGUCACGAAAGCAAACGACAAUCGAGUGUUGUUAAACAAAACAAGUGAAACACGGAAACGCAUUAUAUGAAAUCGCAAUGGGUUUACUCUUGAGCUUUGGUGCGCACAGUGGCGUGAUUCGUUUUCAUGUUGAAACAAAAGCAAAGCGCCGAGUGUGAAGGGUGUGAAGUGUGAAAAGUGGAAAAGCGGACUGUACUUGUACACUCUGCGCGCAGGCAAGACGCACGCCGCGUGUGUGUCCCAUUCAGUUUUUUUUCGACGCACCGCACGAGCGAGAGCGCCAGCAGCGGCAGUGCGACUCGGCAGCGCGACCGACAGACACACGCCGCGGAGAGGAUAUGGUUAAAUAAAACAUGGCGUCCGACGACAUGAAAGUCCGUGUCGAGGAGCGCCUAAAGAUCAAGAUCGGUGAAGCCAAGAAUCUGCAAUGUCGGAACGCGAAUUCUGUGCACCGCGACGUCUACUGCACAAUUUCCUUGGACCAAGAGGAGAUUUUUCGGACUUCAACAAUAGAGAAGACACUUAGUCCAUUUUUUGGUCAGGAAUUUCAAUUUGAAGUCCCUCGUACGUUUCGCUACCUCUCCGUGUACGUGUAUGACCGAGAUCGCCACUUAAAACAAGAUAAGGUCCUGGGAAAAGUCGCCAUCAAGCGUGAGGACCUCGCCAAUUACAACAAUCGCGAUCAUUGGUUUGCCAUUCGGCCAGUGGACGCCGAUUCGGAGGUGCAGGGCAAAGCGAACAUCGAACUGAUCUUCGAGCAUCCGCACGGCGUUGGCAGUAAUUCGUUAGGUUGUAAUUUCGCGCCAAAUAAAAGAUUAACGGUGCGUGUGAUCGAGUGCGUGGAUUUAACGCUGCGGAACGGCUCCUGCGAUCCGUACGUGCAGGUGUGCGUGGUGUUCACCAACGACAAGCUGCACUGUAAGCGGACUAAGGUGCGAAAAAAGACAGCGUGCCCGGAGUACGACGAGACAUUCGUGUUCGAUGCCGGUGAGGAGGGUCGCGAACGUGGUGGAGAUGUGGUGUGUCCCGAAACCGACGUCGAAAUCUGCGAACUGCAAGUGUCUGUGUGGCAUAACGCUGUUGGCGGCGAUGUGUUCCUGGGGGAGUUUCGCGUGCCACUGCGUGGACUUCAACAGCAGACUCGGGCGCCGAAAAAUGCCUGGUAUCUACUGCAACCGCGUUCGAGUAAAAACAAACCAAACAGCUCAUGCUCAACACCGCCCGGUACAAGAUUGUCGAUUGACAAUUCGCUAGGAUCUCUGAGGCUACAAGUACAAUAUACUGCCGAUCAUGUAUUCGAAUCCAAAGUUUACGCGCCGUUGCGUGCGUUAUUAUUGAACAGCGUUCGAGCGAGGCCGAUCACGUCGAGCGCCGUUUACAUUCUGGGUGAAGUCAGCACUAGCAAAAUGGAUGUCGCCCAACCGUUAGUUAGAAUCUUCAUGCAUCACCGACAAAUAGUUCCAUUGAUUCGCGCACUGGCGGAUGCAGAAAUCUCCAAUUUAACUGAUCCCACAACAAUAUUCCGUGGAAACACACUUGUGUCUAAAAUGAUGGACGAAGCAAUGCGAAUGAUUGGCCUGCAGUACCUACACAAGACACUGCGCCCGAUUUUGGAGCAGGUUUUCAUGGAAAAGAAGCCGUGCGAGAUUGAUCCAACGCGAGUGCGCGACGCCAACACCAUUCAGCAAAAUUCCACCAACUUGAAGAACUACGUGCAGAGUGUAUUUCGCGCUAUUACUGAGAGCGCAGUUGACUGCCCGGCGUUGAUGUGUCAGAUCUUUCAUACGCUGAAGGAGUGCGCCAUGUCGUACUUUCCUGACAACCGCGAGGUGCGCUACUCGGUCAUCUCCGGCUUUAUUUUCUUGCGAUUUUUUGCGCCGGCUAUACUUGGACCAAGGCUUUUUGAUUUGACCAAUGAACAAUUUGACAGACAAACGAAUCGUACGCUCACGCUAAUGUCUAAAACCAUCCAAUCGCUAAGCAACCUUGGAAGUUGUCGCUCAACGCAGCAGGUGUGCAAAGAAGAGUACAUGGAGGUAAUUUACAAAGAGUUUUGCACGGAGGCACACGUUCGGGCCGUGCGACAGUUUCUCGAGAUUAUCUCGGCGAAUUCCAAUACGGACAUGCCGCCCGUUGACACGCCGGUGACGCUCAAAGAAGGAAAUAUGAUAAAGCGUGCUCAGGGCAGGCGGCGUUUCGGCCGGAAGAAUUUCAAGCAGCGCUACUUCAAACUGACCACGCAUGACCUCAGCUACGCGAAGAACAAGGGUCGCGACCCGCUGUGGCACAUUCCGCUAUCGAACAUUCUAGCCGUGGAGCGGCUGCACGAGCGCUCCUUUAAGAUGCAGAACAUGUUCCAGAUUCUGCAGCAGGAGCGCGUGCUGUACGUACAGGCACCAAACUGCGUAGAGGCGAAAGAAUGGAUCGAUUUGCUUACGAAAAUCGUGCAGACGAAUAGCAAUCGACUAGAUCGGUAUCAUACUUGCGCUUUUAUCGAUGGACAAUGGUUAUGCUGUAAAUCGACAAUGGAAUCUGGCGAGGGAUGCACCGAGGUGUCUGCAAAGGAGAGCAAUAAUCUGCAUAUGACGCUGGAUCCGGAGCGAGACCUGCAACGAAUGCACUCACUUGUGAUAUCGCAAUGCACUCGCCUGGAGAACCUGCAAAAGAUGUGUCAGAUCCAGUAUACUGGGACGAUACAGGCGGGUAAUGUGGUACCCUUCAUCGCCGACGACUUGGAAGGCUGCUAUACCACUAUUCAGCAGAUGUUGGAGUGUGCAUUUGAUAUCGAGCAGAAACAUCGAUCUUAUCAGCGUACUCUGGUACGGGAUACUGUUCGAGGCAGCAAGGCUGCACCGAUUGGAGAUGACAACUACCUGCAUGCGUCGCGAAUGAAUCUUGAUUCGUUUAUGCGCACGCGCCGCGAGGAACUGUAACAAAGAAUACUAUUAUUCGAAUAAGCCGUAAACCAAUUCAAUUAGCAAAUUGUAUAAACAAACACAAAACAUGAUAUUCUUCAUUAAGACUGUGAAUUAAUGUAAGCAAACGAAACACCACUUUAAUCUAUAUUUAUAUUUACAAGACAAGAUGGUUAAGGAAAACUACCAAAAUUCUAAAAAUUUGACGUAUCUAUUUCAUGAGACAUCUGAAUCUGAGUUUGCUCAUUCACAAUGUUCGUACAAUCAAAACAAUCAAAAUGUGACUACAGAAGCGCAAUUAGUUCAAGUUAAAUCAUUGGUACAUGGAUACAUUGAUUUUAAUUAACGCAAAGUACAAAUAAUAUUAAUUCUAUAUUAUGUCUUCUAGAAAAAUAUUGCAAUGUUUGCGAUUAUUUAACGAUUACCGAAAAUGAAAGUUUACAAACGUGUUAUUUAUUGAGAAAACAUAUACCGUGAAAUACUUGCUUUGUGAUGUAUUUCUUAGGAUUUUAAUUCUUAAAUUUUAUUGAUUGAUGUGAAGUUGCCAAUUUCACAUUUUAUUAUACAAGAAGUUACGGGAGGAAUUAUAGGAGUUUGGCGACAAUGAGAUGAUACUAUAUUAUAUACCUAAAUACUACGGAAACCGCAAGCAAUAAUUAAGAACAAAACAUAUUUUUGUAUAUUUGUUGUAUUGUAAAUAGGAAGAUUUUAUUUGUUGAGUUUGAGCCAUCGAAAGUGGGCAUUUCUCAUUCUUAAAUCGUAGAUAUCAUCCAAACUCUAAAUCGAUUACGCGUCUAUUAAUAAUUAACUAACUUAUUAACUCGCAUAUUAAUUUUUAUUAUUGUUAUUUUUAUUUUUUGUUAUUGCAAAACAAAAACCAUAUCGCUUUAUUAUUUCGAUGAUGUGUGUUCGAAAAUGUAUAAAAUGUAUUCAUCAUUGACGAUCAUUUGUAAACAAUUUUGUAUAUCACUGAAGCUACAUUCAAAUUUGUACAGGAAUUUAAGUUUUCUCAUAAGUUGUAUACGUUCUAAUUUAAUUAUUUAUUAUCGCCGCAAGACGCAACUCUGAAACAUUGAAAUUCGACUGUUUCGAUUGUUAUUCAUAUAUUUUACCUAGAGUUGAUUGCUAUCAUUAAUUCAGCGUUGUUUCAACGGACAAUUACGUGCUAUUAAUUAACGAUUAUUAUUACAUUUGAGAUGUAUGUACAUUAGUGUAUAUUUUUUAUAUUAUCGAUUGUUUGUAUGCAUUUAAUGCGUUUUCUCAUUAAUAUUAUUUUUAUUAACAUAUAACUUAUUUUUAUUUGAUAAUAAAUAAUACAUUUUAAAAUUUU